AUGAAGCUCGCGAGCCGCGACGAGCUCCGAUCCCAUCAUACAUCCGUCUACAACUUUUGGAUUGUAAAACAGCUCGUCACUUCGCCGCACAAACUCAACGCCUCGGCUCACCGCAGAGCCCACGAAACACAUCAGAACAGCACCAAGUCCGCCUGCUCAGCACUAUCCCUCGACAGAAUCACCAUGGCCUCCCAAGUUCGCACCAUCCUCCGUCUCCAACCGGCAGCCCGUCUUGCCACGCGGCGAACACCCCUCGCCACCACCACCACCACAACAGCAGCAGCAGCGCGGCCGCUGCACACGACGUCUCCGCGCGCGGCGUACAAGGACACGCAGGACCGCGAGUCGCUCCAGCCCGGCGGCACAGAGGGCACCAAGUCGGGGCGCGACUCGGACACGGGCAACCUCGCGUCGGCGUUCGACCCGUCGGUGACGUCGCCCGAGGGCGCCAAGGAGGCGAACAGGCGCCAGGGCAAAGAGGAGCUCGACGUCAGCGGGGCCUCGCAGGAGGUGUCGAAGCCGCGGGGGGACGAGAAGAGCGGGCAGGAGACGCCGCGGGAGGUCAGGAAGGGGGGCGCCAGCAGCGGUGGGAGUCCCGAGAAGAAGGGAGAUGGAGCGGCCUAG